ACAUACGAACGUACUAGUUGUGAUAAAGAGUUCUUCAAAACGAACGUACCAGUUGUGACCUAUGGAGGAGAUGCUACGCCUCUGAAUGACAAGUACUUGGAGAACAUGGGAUUCAUUUAUGAUCUACGCUCGCUUGUUAUAUGAUAUCAAAGUACUUCAAAAUCUUUCCUUUUUGGAAAAAAGUUUCUCAGCUACACCAUGUUUAGUAUAAUAUGGUGCAAACCAUCCAAAGUUUAGAAUUGUGUCGAAACCUACAUGAUGUAUAUGAUAAAUACAUGCUACAUAUACGACGUUAAGACAAAUAUGGUGCCAACAUCAUAACGAGGUUUAAUUGAUUUUAGUUAAAAUAAUUGGGGUCAGCUCGUAAUUAAGUAAAGUUAAACUCCAAUUAACAAAACCCGACCCGAACCAAGCGAAAAACCCGACCCAGACUUAACCAUUUCCCUCAAAUCGAUUUCAUUUAGAAAUUUAGGGUUCCAAACAAGAAAAAAAAUGGGAAUUUCGAAAAGAGAGUGAGAGAUUCGUCAGAGACAAAGAGAGAUUGCAGAGACAGAGAGAGAGAGAGAGAGAGAUUCAGUUUUGGCGAAAUCGAAUCCGGAUGUGGUAAUUGAAGAAAUAAGGCGACAAUGAGGUAAGAACCCUUGCAUGCUUUCAUUUGCCUUGCUCUUUUCCUUAUUUCUCCAUCUUCCACCAAAUUCCAUCUCUCUUUCUCUCUGUCUCUUUCUCUCUGUUUUGAACGGUGAACCCUAAAUUUCUAAAUGAAAUCGAUUUGGGGGAGGAAAUGGCUAAGUCUGGGUCGAGUUUUUCGUUUAGUUUGGGUCGGGUUUUUUUAAUUGGAGUUUAACUUUACUUAAUUACGAGCUGGCCCCAUUUAUUUUAACUAAAAUCAAUUAAACCUCGUUAUGAUGUUGGCACCAUAUUUUUAUUAACGUCAUAUAUGUGGCAUGUAUUUAUCAUAUACAUCGUGUAGGUUUCGACACAAUUCUAAACUCUGGAUGGUUUGCACCAUAUUAUACUAAACAUGGUGUAGCUGAGAAACUUUUUUUCUUCCUUUUUAUAAGCUUCGUAACAAAGUUUUAUCGCAUUAAAGUUCAGAUUGUAAAUUUUUAAAGUUCCAUCAUCGAUAUAUCUUUUGAUUUGUAUGAAUGUUUAUGGUAUUGAUCAAGGAAAAUUUUGUUAUAAAUAUAUUCAUGUUUUGCAACAGAGGAACUUCAUAUUCGCAUGAAUACAUCUUAAACUAUAUAUAAAUAGCCUUUAUUUUUAAAAGUAAUGCAAUUUGAUAAGAAAAAAGACAGCAUAAUAAAGAAUUGCGGAAGUUAUUCAUUAAAAACAUAAAUGACGCUUGUAACAUUUUCAUAAUCUUACAUUGCAAACACUGACGACUGACGAGAUUUAAAUAAACACUAAAUCAUUACAAAUUGGAGUUUAUUAUUUUUUUUGGAGGGGGGGAGUUGUUACUUGUCACAAACUACUAAAAGUAGAAUCGUGAUGCCAUGCAAGGCAAAGAGUAAGCCAUUUUAGGAUUCAAGAGAGCGAGAGCCACUCCCACCAAGUUUCUCAUCACCUUCUUCGCUUCUUCUUGCUUUUCUUACGUCUAGUGCUCUGUUUCGUAGCUCGAGAAGCCGAUCAAAUUCUGUUCCUCUCGAUCCUUCGUGUUUCAAAUACGUCGGUAAGCCAUCACGUAACGAUCUAUCGAAAUGAAAAAUCUUCUUGGAAAAGAAAAAGAAAAUCUCAGCUACGAUGCUCUGUUCUUAAUAUGUGAUGUUUGUUUGUAAUGUGAUUUAUAUCUGAAUGGUUGAUAUAUGUGAAUUUGCUCAUUGCUUAUUAGAUUAUCAAGCGACGAGACGAGGAUGAAGCUUUUGGAUCUGUUCAUAACCUCGUCGAUACCAGUCGGAAAGAUUCUUGUGAUAACAGGAAUCGGCUUUUACUUGGCUCUUGAUCGUGUUAACAUUCUUAAUCAAGAUGCUAGAAAACAGCUCAACAACAUAGUUUUCUAUGUGUUUAGUCCUUCACUCGUUGCAAGCAGUCUAGCUGAGACUAUUACUUAUGAAAGCUUGGUGAAAAUGUGGUUCAUGCCACUCAACGUUGUGCUCACAUUCAUCAUUGGCUCGUUUCUUGGUUGGCUUGUUAUCAAGAUCACUAAACCUCCUUCACAUCUCCGUGGCAUCAUAGUUGGUUGCUGUGCUGCUGGGAACUUGGGAAACAUGCCACUCAUCAUUAUCCCAGCUAUAUGCAAUGAGAAGGGAAGCCCUUUUGGAGAUCCUGAGACUUGUGAGAAGUAUGGUUUAGGUUAUGUUGCCCUCUCAAUGGCGAUUGGAUCCAUUUGCAUAUGGACUUAUGUAUACAAUCUUAUGAGAGUGCUAGCUAGAGAAACUCCUAUAAUCAUCGGUACCUCCUCUACAGUGCCAUUGAUUCCUACCAAAGUGGUUCAAGUUGAGGAGCAGUUUGGAACAUGGAGCAAGAUCAAGCAAAGAGUAUGUUCUGCAACAGAGAAUAUCAAUCUAGGAACGAUCUUUGCUCCUUCCACUAUUGCAGCGCUUAUCGCGCUUGGGAUUGGGCUUAUUCCUACACUAAGGAAGCUACUAAUCGGCAACACAGCUCCACUCAGAGUGAUUGAAGACUCAGUAUCUCUAUUAGGGGAAGGGACUAUUCCUCUUCUGACUUUGAUUAUAGGAGGAAACCUUCUCAAAGGUAAACAACAACAAAAGCUGCAAGUAAACAUUCUUCUUACUCGCAAGAGACAAAAUCCAUCUCUCUGGUUCAAUGAUCACAGGUCUGAGGGGAUCAGGAAUGCACAAGUCAGUCAUAUUAGGCGUGGUGGUUGUGCGUUACGUGUUGCUGCCAAUAAUAGGUGUUUUGAUAGUGCAAGGAGCUCAUUACUUGGGCUUGAUUACAUCAGAACCGCUCUACCAGUUUGUUCUUCUGCUUCAGUAUGUUGUUCCACCGGCUAUGAAUCUUGGUUCGUUCGUUCUUCCAGAGUCAGAAAAAUACUACAAGAACACACAUCACACGGUCUUUCUCAUAGACUUCACCUUUUCUCGCAGGUACAAUAACUCAACUAUUUGGGUCAGGAGAAUGUGAAUGCUCUGUGAUUCUCUUCUGGUCUUACGCUUUGGCUUCGGUUUCUCUCACCCUCUGGCCAACCUUCUUUAUGUGGCUUGUUUCCUGAACUAACACACACACAUACACAUACACGCAUACGAGCAACAUUUGCAAAUCUUUACUUGUUUGAAAAGUUAUAGCAAUUGAUAUAUUCUUUCUAUAUUAAAGAAGUUGGAGGUAAAAAACAACUAGGAAUAGAGAGCCAAUAAAAAGGGAAAUUUUUAAAGAUUUUAUCAUCAUAAGUUAGCAAGAUAAAUGCUUGAGACAAGCAAUAACAAAUUAUACUACUGAGAGUUCAUAAAGAAAACUUCAAAGAGAGGACUUGUGAGGAAGAUCAUCGAAGUAAGGAUGCUCCUCCAUAGCCUUCUUUGCUGAGAUAUGUUUAGCUGGCUCGUACAUCAGCAUUUUCUGUUGAGAACACACAAAUAAAACGAAAUAUUACUUUUCACACUGACUGACUCAAUUAAUCGAUCAAGGUCUCUAACAGGUGUGUGUUUAGGGACUUACUGAUAAGAGAUCAAGUGAAAUGAAUGAAGCUAAAAGAGAGAGAGAGAGAGAGAGGAAGUAGUUGUACCAAAAAUGCAGCCAACAGACCAAAUAUCAACAGCAGAUGAGUAAUGGGUUGCUCCAAGAAGGACUUCAGGAGCUCUAUAGAAUAGAGUUAGUAUCUGUUGCAAUGGAAAUCAAGGGAGAGUAAAAAAAAACUAGGAAUUUAAAACUCCAGACAAACAAAAGAUAGGAUGCACAGGACUUGAACUCUAGAAAAUUUCAAAAUAGCAUAUAAAUUAAUAAUACCUCAUGUGUAGUACUUUUUCAUAGGGAGGGUGAAGGCUCUGGCUAAUCCAAGGAUCAGCUAUUUUGAGCGUCAUUGUGUUUCGGUCCAUCAAGAGAUUCUGAGGCUUAAGAUCCCUGAAAUGAAAACUAGAUAUCAACGGUCUGUUUCCAAAUGGGGUUUCUUGGAAGGCAAGAAUGAAAUGUUAAUACCCGUGUCAAGACUCCAUGGCCAUGGCACAAAGCCAUGCUUUUGCAUAGUUGGUACAUCAAGCUCUGCAAUCAAAAUUUCAAAAUAAUACAUCUUAUAGCUUACUGAGUGAGAUCUUUUUUCCCUGAUAACCCGGAGCAUCCGACUGAUCUCUUGGGGCCUACUGGCGAUAAUAACCCGGAGCAUCCGACUGAUCUCUUGGGGCCUACUGGCGAUAAGCAAGCUGAUACGUAUGAGGGGAUGAGGUGGCAGUGGCAUUCACGUGAGCACAUAACAUUUUCACUUGCUGCUUACUCUUUCUAAGCUGUUGUUUGCUAAAGAGAGGGGGCAUCGAGAAUUUGAGUGAAUAAGAGCGGGAUUUGUGAUUAGGUUUAUCUUGUAAAAUCAGUAUUUCUCUCAAUAACAAUCAUUGUUUUUACAUCUACUCGUAACACAGGCCACCUAGCCAAACAGAUGGAUAAAUCUAAGUGGUAGGUUUGAAAUCCGUGGUGGUCAGCACCUAUCCAAAUCCGCAGUACAACAUGUGUGGUUAAUUUGAGUGAGAGUUAAGAAAGAAAAAAUAAGAGACAAAAUCUCUAAACCUUGACAGUGUCCUGGGGAAUGUUGUGUCCUAUAUAUAUAGCUUCUGAUGAAUUUCUUGAGGUCAGUAUAAACGUACUCGGAAGCAAGGUAGAGUACAGUUUUGCCUUCUUCGUUCUUUCAAUCCUUGCUUCACAUCCAUCAACCUAGAGCAUAAUUAAGAACAAGAAGAAUUGAUGAUCAUUAUGACAAUAUAAGCUCUACGUAGAAAAAUGCAAUUCACUUACAAGUUACAACCAGGGGCGGACCCAUGCCUUCAUGAAGUGUCACAACUAGAAAAUUAUCCGUCUAGCAAAAUACUCAAUCGAUGCAGUCUGCAACGUCCUGUCAGCAUUCCCCCGUCUUGCCCGAGCUGCCAACAGCCCUCUGGUCUUUAAAAACAUUAAUCUCCAUCCCCUAACCGUUCGAUCAUUGUCAUUGUUACACAGGUAGCGGAAAAUAAUGGACCUCUGCCUUUUUGCCGGUAACUUGGAGCAUUAUUAUUAUUAUUUUUUUUUUUUUUGAACAUAGCUUUCAUAUUAAAAUGCAGGAGAAAUAAAAAAAUACAAGCCAUAAGCUAGUGUUUUAGAGCCCAGAAGACCAGUUAGUUAGACACACAAUAAAGGACCAAGAGCCUUUUUUUUUU